AUGUAUGAGAGCCACUACACUAGAGCUCAUCACAUUCCUGGUCGAAAAUAUUUGAAUUCUGAUUCAGAUAUUCGUAAAAUGUAUAGCCUAUAUGUAGGGAAAUUUGAGGAAAAAAACCAAUCAUUUGUUAAGGAGUGGAUUUACAGGAAAGUAUUUAAUACUGAAUUUAAUUUAAAUUUCUAUGCUCCUCGAAAAGACAUGUGCCAAAAAUGUGAUUUAUUGAAAGGAAAACUCGAAGCAAGCAGUAAUGAGGAAGAGAACUUACAUCUUAGACAAAGUCAUGAUUUACAUUUGCAAAAUGUCAAACGAGCUAGAAACUGUCUUAUAGAAGACCAAAAAAAAUCAAAAGAAAAUCCCAGGGAAUAUUAUGGAAUCUCAUUUGAUUUGCAAAAAGCACUCCCGUAUCCAAAACUUUCUGUUUCGUUAGCUUAUUAUAAACGAAAUAUCUUUCAGGAAGUAGCAUCACGUAUUUUAAUGCAUAUGGAGGAUAUAACUACUCAAAAACACGUAAUAGCUUAUAGUAAUGCUUGUUCAGGCCAAAAUCGUAAUAUUAAAAUAGUAUUGACAUGGAUGAAAAUUGCUCGGUCAUUAAAUAAUAAUGGUGAAACGAUAGACAAGAAAUUUUUGGUAUUUGGUCAUUCCUUUCUACCGAAUUACCGUGAUUUUGGGUUGAUAGAAAUGAAAAUAAAAAAAGCAAAUUACUUAUACAACUCUAAGCAUUAUUAUGAAUUAAUAGAAAAGUAUAGAAGAAGAAAUACAUUUUCGGUAAAACGAAUGUCGCAACCGGAUUUUAUUUCAACAAAACCACUAGAAGAGUCAACGCCAAGAAAAGUAAAAAAUACCGCGGGCGAAUCUGUUUCUUGA